AUGGAGGAAACCCCACUGCCACUGGUUCCUCGCGUCAGGCUCGGCGCCCAGGGCCUGGAGUUGGUGUCUAAGCUUGGGUUCGGUUGCAUGGGCCUGACGGGCUCCUACAGCGCCCCGCUCAGCGACGCCGCCGGCGCCGCCGUAGUGGCCCACGCCUUCCGCCGCGGCGUCACCUUCUUCGACACCUCCGACUUCUACGGCCCCCACACCAACGAGACGCUCCUCGGCAAGGCGCUGAAGCAGCUGCCGAGGGAGCAGGUGCAGGUGGCCACCAAGUUCGGGAUCCAGCAGUACGCGUACGACGAGGGCAGGGGCGCCGUGUGCGGCCGGCCGGAGUACGUGCGCGCCUGCUGCGAAGCCAGCCUGCGCCGCCUCGGCGUCGACUACAUCGACCUCUACUACCAGCACCGGGUCGACACCGCCACCCCCAUCGAGGACACGAUCGGGGAGCUCAAGAAGCUGGUGGAGGAGGGGAAGGUCAGGUACAUUGGGCUGUCGGAGGCGAGCCCCGACACCAUCAGGCGUGCUCACGCCGUGCACCCGGUCUCCGCGGUGCAGAUGGAGUGGUCUCUCUGGGCUCGUGACAUCGAGCCCGAGAUUGUGCCGCUCUGCAGGGAACUGGGGAUUGGAAUUGUUCCUUACAGCCCGAUCGGCCGCGGGUUCUUCGGCGGAAGAGGAGUCACGGAGCAAGUGUCUGAUGAAUCCAAUCUGAAAAGGCACCCACGGUUUUCAGCAGAAAACCUGGAGAAGAACAAGCAUCUCUAUCUGAAAAUGGAAGAACUAGCCAGGAAGCACCAGUGCAGCCCUGCUCAGCUAGCUUUAGCUUGGGUGCUGCAUCAAGGAGAUGAUGUGGUUCCCAUACCAGGGACAACAAAGAUCAAGAACCUGGACUCCAACAUUGACUCCUUAAAGAUAAAGCUCACCGAAGAUGACCUGAAAGAAAUUAGCAGCCAGAUACGUGAAGAAGAUGUGGCCGGCGGAAGGAGUUAUACUUCCUUGGCGCAUACCAACUGGAACCAUGCAGACACACCAAAGAAGUAA